CAAGACUGGGUAGUCGAAGCUCGUGUCGCUGUCAGUCGCUGUCAGUGCGAGGAGUCACACGGUUUUCCUGCCUGGCAUUGUUGGGUAGCGACGCUCAUGAUUUGGAGCUUUUACAGAAAUUGAUGAAUACCCCCUGCAUGCUUAUCGCAUGGAUUGAAAGCCACAAUCCUGAUGUGAAUGAGGGGAAGAUCCAGAACAGAGACGCUUACUUGAAUCCUGACACCCAAACUCCUGACAUUACCCAUUUCAAGUGUCACCGAAAAACUGUCAGAAGACUUGAGCCAUGCCCUGCGUUCAGGCUCAGUAUGGAUCAUCACCUCAAGGAGCUAGUCCUGCUUCCCAGAGCUACAGCUACCACACCGCAGGAGAAUACAGCUGCGACUUCUUAACACCUGAGUUUGUUAAGUUUAGCAUGGACUUGACCAACACUGAGAUCACAGCUACUACUUCUCUCCCAAGUUUCAGUACAUUCAUGGACAACUAUACCACCAAUUACGACGUUAAACCGCCCUGUCUGUAUCAAAUGCCCCACUCUGGAGAGCAGUCCUCUAUCAAGGUGGAGGACGUCCAGAUGCACAACUACCAUCAGCAGAACCACCUGCCACCUCAGUCGGAAGAAAUGAUGGCUCACUCUGGGCCUAUGUACUUCAAACCCUCCUCGCCUCAUGCCCCGAGUACACCAAACUUCCAGGUUCAGCCUAAUCACAUGUGGGAGGACCCUGGCUCCCUCCACAGUUUCCACCAGAACUAUGUUGCGGCCACGUCUCAUAUGAUGGACCAGCGCAAGAACCCGGUGUCAAGGCUUUCGCUCUUCUCCUUCAAGCAGUCUCCGCCCGGUACCCCUGUUUCCAGCUGUCAGAUGCGGUUCGACGGGCCGCUGCACGUGUCCAUGAACCACGACAACCCGGGCUUGCACCGCGGCCUGGACGGCCAGAGCUUUGCGGUGCCCAGCGCCAUACGGAAACAGGCUGGUCUGGCCUUUCCUCACUCCCUGCAGCUCGGCCACGGGCACCAGCUGGUGGACAGCCAAGUGCCAUCGCCCCCGUCCCGAGGAUCGCCGUCAAACGAGGGUCUGUGUGCGGUGUGUGGGGACAACGCAGCCUGCCAGCAUUAUGGAGUGAGAACCUGUGAAGGCUGCAAAGGAUUUUUCAAGCGAACCGUCCAGAAAAAUGCAAAAUACGUGUGUUUAGCAAAUAAAAACUGUCCUGUUGACAAACGCCGAAGAAAUCGUUGCCAGUUCUGCCGUUUCCAGAAGUGCAUUGUCGUCGGAAUGGUGAGAGAAGUUGUCCGAACGGAUAAUCUGAAAGGUCGGAGAGGACGCCUACCAUCCAAACCCAAAAGUCCCCAGGAGCCCUCCCCACCCUCGCCGCCGGUGAGCCUCAUAAGCGCACUUGUUCGGGCCCAUGUUGACUCCAACCCCUCCAUGUCUGCUUUGGACUACUCCAGAUUCCAGGCUAACCCUGACUACCAAAUGACUGGAGACAACACUCAGCACAUCCAGCAGUUCUAUGAUCUCCUGACGGGCUCCAUGGAGAUCAUCCGGGGCUGGGCGGAGAAGAUCCCUGGCUUUUCCGAUCUACCGAAGCAAGAUCAAGAUCUCCUCUUUGAAUCCGCCUUCCUUGAACUUUUUGUCCUGCGGCUGGCAUACAGAUCCAACCCAGUGGAAGGCAAACUUAUUUUUUGUAAUGGAGUGGUGUUGCACAGGCUACAGUGCGUCCGUGGAUUUGGAGAGUGGGUGGACGCUAUCGUGGAGUUUUCUUCCAACUUGCAGAGCAUGAACGUAGACAUCUCAGCUUUCUCCUGCAUCGCAGCUCUGGCCAUGGUAACAGAGCGACACGGGCUUAAGGAACCCAAACGAGUCGAGGAUCUCCAAAACAAGAUAGUCAACUGCCUCAAAGAUCAAGUGACAUUCAAUGGCGGUGGAUUGAAUCGUCCGAACUACUUGUCAAAACUCUUGGGAAAGCUCCCUGAACUGCGCACACUAUGUACCCAAGGUCUGCAGCGUAUCUUUUACCUAAAACUAGAAGAUCUAGUCCCUCCGCCAGCAAUAAUUGACAAACUUUUCCUCGACACCCUACCUUUCUGAGCCUGACUCGAUGGAGAGACCUCAAAGAACUUCCAAAAGACUGUUUGAGUCAGACUUUACAGAUUUUUAACAUUAUUAUUUCUGAAUAUUUGCAAGCUCCGUAGGCUAAUAGAACAACAGUACCCUAUUAUUAGUAAGGAUUCAUGAAAAAAAGAAUAACAGGAGGCAGAGGCUGAAAGUUUGAUUGCUGUGUAGGGCCUUUUUAAUUCCUUGAAAUUGUUUUCUUGAGUGCCAAACGAGUGAAUCAUCACGGGGAAUUUCUCUACAGUGGGCAAAUUGUCAACAAAGUUAAUCCGGUCUUGCAAUCACUUACUGUUUAUUUAACAUCGGCUCUACUGAUUCAGCAUACUCAGAUGUAAUAUAUUCCAUUUAUAUAUAUGAACACACACGCGCACACACACACACACACACUGUAUAUUAUGAUAGAUUAUGUGAUGCCUCCAAUGCAUCGGUUUAUAACAUGUGUACAAAGUUUGUUAUAAUGAAAAGAUUUAAUUUUCUUUUCUUUUCUGACUCGUGCCUAUGUGUUUCUGACAGGAUCCCAAAAGUAUCCAGAAAAGACAACGCAUGUUCUAGUUUUCUUUUCUUCAUUUUUCUUUUAUAGGCACUUGCUGAGGUGAUGUCUAUAUAUAAUAUAUACCGGACACUAUGUAGUCUGCUAGAUUUGAUACAGAUUCGUAGUUAUGGCACUCCUUUUAUGUAUGACGCAUAUGUGGAAAAAUAUCUCAUCUGUAUAGAAAAUGAAGGACCCAUGGUGUUUGUAAAACUGUCAGACAUUCCUUGUUUGUAUGUGCUGUAAGUAUUGUUGCUGUUGAAUAUAAACGUUUCUAUAUAUUUAUUAUUUCUAUUGCCAAGAGCUACACUAAGCAUGGUGCAAUUUAAACGAUUUCAAACCAUCCAAGUUCAUGCUGAGCACGUUGUCUAUGUUUUAUGUCUUAUAAACGUCUAGGUAGCUAUGAUUUAACACGUUUGGAAAUGGAAAGCUCCAUCUUAUAUCAAGAGGUUCAUGAGUGUGUGAUAUAGGCCCACAUCUCUGACAUCAUGAUGUACUUACAACUUCUGUAACGCAUUUGGUGCCGAAUUCAAAAACUUUAGAGAGAAAGAAAUAUUUAAUGUUUACAAAUAAAACUUUUAAAUCAG